AUGGAAAGCAAGACCGUUCUUGAUGUCGACGUGGACGAGAACGGCCGGCCGCUGGAAUCAACCGAAGCACUUCGGGUUCUUGAUGUCAACUUGAAGGGAACUCUUAACACGCUUAGAUUAGGUCUGUUCUACCUCGGUAAGAAUCCGCAAACGGCGAACGGGUCCAGGGGUUCCAUCACUCUCGUAACCUCUACUUCUGGGUACUUUGGUACAACGGGGAACUCGGCCUACGUUGCGUCCAAGCAUGGCGUUGUCGGGCUCUUGAGAGCGUCUCAGCUCAAGGCGGCCUCUCUCGGCGUGAGGGUGAAUGGCAUUGCGCCCUGCUACACCCCAACGUUUAUAACCGCCGGGUUCGGAACCAGCAUCACGGACGCUGGAAUCGAAACCAACACGCCGGAACACGUAGGCCAGGCCAUUGCCGUUGCUUCGUUGGACGAAACGAGGCGCGGUACUUGUUGUUUAGUUGCCGGCAAAUAUCUACGGGAGCUCGAAUCCACGCAAAAACAGUUGAUGGGCGACUGGCUCGGCCAAGACGCGGCCGACAUGCUCGCCGAAUUCGGGCGUUUCCUGGCGAAUACCGGCGGAUACCGCCUGCCCCCGAGCGUAGGGUAG